ACGCAUUUUCAACGCAAUUGGGAAUGAAAGAAAAACGAUCUCGAUUUCGAGUCGAUGUAAAUUUCUCCAGUUCCUUUCCACUUUAACAUUUUUGUCAUUCGAAUUUCCGGGGAAAUUUUUCACAUUUAUAUUCUUCGUUCGUCAAGCUGUCAAUGUAAACGCAACCUAACUGUCAAUGGAAUUGUUUGUGCCACUGCUUCCAAUUAGACGUAUGACUAUGACUAUGUAAAUUAAACUGGUUAACAUUGUAUUGAGGCGCGUAUACGAUUGUUGUUUAUUCAUUUCGUUAGGUGUACCCGCAUCGUUGUGUGUACACAGAGCCAAACGAGAGAGAUACGUGCAUUCUGAAGUGACCGUGUCUCAUUGUUUGGAAUGACGUUGUGUGCUCGCAAUUCACCACACAUAUUUACCGAUGAUUUUUGUUUUGAAUAGAAAAACGUGAAAAAACAAAAAAACAUUUAUACAUUGGGAUCGGUGAAUGCACAUCGCGCGACUGUUCCAAGUUAAAUCACAACAUAUACACAAUAAAAGUACACAAAGACAUAUCAGUGUAUUGUUAUUUCACUGUGUUUUUCUUCUUUUUUCACAUUCUGAGUACAUUGAAUGAUGUGUUACUUGUGACAGUACUAACUUUAUUACAUUUCAUUUUUAUUAUUAUCGUUUAAACUUUUUUCGUGUGUUGCUUUAAAGCUGCAAACAAAACUUGAAUUGAAGUGUAGUUAAUCAAAUUGCCCGGGUCCUAUGACGAUUACAUUCAAUUUUUUUGACAGCAAUUCGUGAUCGUUGUGGUUGAAAUUUCACUUACCCAUUUUCAUUUUGGUGCAUUCACAUUGCAUCAGCCAAUUGGUGUAAACAAGUCAAUUUCCGUUUAGCAAACACGAGAAGAAAGGUGAAGAAACACAGGUGACAAGAGUUAACAAAAAACUAGACAUUUUUUUUUUCAUACAAAACAAACAACAAUUAUGGAAGCUGUACCUAAAGUGCCAAUGCUUCACUUUACGCUGAAGCAAACAUUACAGAAAUCAUCAUUUUCCCGAUUGAAACAGUAUAUUGCCGAGUGUUAUCAAGAGGAUCCGGAAACAUUUUCAAAGGAAAUUUAUGAGUUGGAAACACUACGAGCGGCUGCAUACAAUCCAUCGAUCGACGAUACCGGUUACAAUGUGAUCAAACGAUACUAUUGUCAGUUGCAUUCGUUGCAAAAUCGCUUUCCAAUUGAAAACGAUCGCAGUUUGGUGAAUUUCGUUUGGCGUGACAUUUAUUCAAGCAACACAACACAAUCGUCCGAUAUACGCCAUGAUAUGGCCGUCGUACUGUACAAUUAUGGUGCAAUUCAUACGCAAGUGGGCGCGGCGGCGAAUCGAUCAUCGGAAGAGGAAAUGAAAUUGGUGUGCACACUGUUUCAACGGGCUGCAUGGGCAUUUGAAACGAUUCGCGAAAAAUAUCAAAUGGCUACGACCGGCGAUAUGUAUCCGGAAAUUUUGAUAUUUAUGCAAAAUAUUUGCUUUGCUCAGGCGCAGGAGUGCAUUUUGGAAAAGAGUUUGAUCGACAAUCGCAAAUCGAUUAUCGUGGCAAAAGUGGCAUCACAAAUUAUUGAAUAUUAUAAUUCGGCGUUUGCAGCGUUGUUGUCGGGCGGCGAAGAGGGGAUGAUUGCCGAAAUUGUCGGCUCGAGACAAUUCAAAGAGUGGCGACAGUACAUUCAAUUCAAGGUACAAUACACGGCCUGCAUUUUACUUUUGUAUCAAGGUCAAAAUGCCGAAGAGCAACAGAAGAUGGGCGAACGUGUAACACUAUAUCAAGCGUCAUUCGAUCGGCUGGAGGAUGCACGAAAAGAGGCCAAACAUCUGAACAAUAUGACACAGGUAACGGAAGCGUUGACCUUUGUUAUGGACGUGGUCGAAGCAAAACGAAAAGCGGCCAAAAAUGAAAAUGAAUUCAUUUAUCACGAAGAAGUGCCUGAGCUCAGCUCAAUCGCAACGAUUGCCGGUGCAAAUUUGGUAAAGGGAAUCCCGUUCAAUGUGUCCGAUGCGGCCAGUGAAGAUAUUUUCCAUCGUUUGGUGCCGAUCAAAACGCACGAACAUAGUUCGUUGUACAGUGAAGAGAAGACGAAUUUAUUGCGAAAAAUCACGCAAAAAAUCGAAGCAAAAGAUAAUGAGCUCAAUCAAUUUAUGGAAUCGCUCAAUAUUGAUUCGUUGAGUUUUAAUCCGAAAGAAGUGAAAUUACCACAAUCGAUUAUUGAUCGAUGUGCCGCUAUGAAUGCCCGUCCAACGGUUAUCGAUGAUUUGAUACAAAAUAUGUCGUCGUUGGCCGAGAUUUGUGUGGAUGUGGAAAAUAUGCUGCAAACGAUACAGGAACUCUUGAGCAAAGAGGAAUUCUAUGAAAAAGAUUUUCAACAAACGAUGGGCCAAUAUCGCCCUAGCGGCCAUUUCGUCGAAUUGAGCCGUGAGUUUAUGAAAUAUCAAGAGGCACACAAUAAAGCUGGCGAUAGCAAUGAUACAUUGCGAAAGGCAAUGGAAAUGCAUGUGAACAAUUUACGCAUUUUAUCAAAACCAUUGAGUGAUGUGCAAGCGGCCAUUCCCACCUGUUCGAUUGAAUGCGAUCCCAAAUUACUGAGCGAAACACAAAUGCUGUUGAACAAAGUGAACGAGAUGCGAGUGCAACGGGCACAAUUGUAUGCUCAGCUCAGUGAAAACAUUCAAAAUGAUGAUAUAACCGCACAGUUGGUGGCAUGGGGUGAUGAAGAUGUGGAAAAAUUGUUCAAAUCAGAGCUGGGCAAACAUGAGCAAUUGAUUAAUAUCAUCGAACAGAAUCUCGUGGCUCAAGAAAAUAUCUUGAAAACAUUCACCGAUGCCUACGCAAAAUGUGCACAUUUCAUCAAAACCGUAUCGGAUACGAAACAUAAACGCGAUAUAUUCUUUUCAUCGUUGAUCGCCUCCUACGAUGUGUACGAUGAUCUGUUGGGCAAAAGUCUAAAGGGAUUGGAAUUUUAUAAGAAAUUGCAGAGCAACAUUCAACGCUUGUGUGCUCGAGUUCGCAGCGCACGUGAUGUUCAUGAUGAGGAACGGCAACAACGCAUCGAUUCAAUGAAUAAAAAGGCACUGUCAUCGAUGCAACCACCAUCAUCGAUGCCGGUUUCAACAGCGCUCGCACCCAAUGCUGACUAUCCGAAAUUGACAAAACCCACUGAACACGAUGUAAUGGAGAGUUAUCGCAGUACAGCCAUCCGUCCAACACCAAUCGGUCAAGAGAAUUGCCUUACAUCGAUGCAGCAUGAUGUCAGUCAUUCGAAUUCAGUAUCGACAACUGUUCCGUUUAAUUACAACUAUCAAACGUCUGUUGCCGCAUCGAUGCCAUCAAGUUAUACACCGCCAGCGGCUCAAACGACAAUAUCAACACCAAGCUCAGCUCCGUCAUCAUACUCGAAUCAAUCGAAUACGUAUUCCAGUCAACAGAGCGCAUAUUCAAGCCAGCCAAACUCGUACUCAAGUCAACAGAAUGCUUACUACGCCACACAGUUUUCACAAGCGAAUGCAGCAUACGCGCCCAACUCUGCUGGUGGCUUCGUGAAUCCGAUCUAUAGCAAUUUGCCGACAUCUAACGCGGCCCAACAACCAAAACAAAGCUAUGAAAAUGUACCGACCACAGUGACCUACACCACCAGUGGCAGUACAUCCGUGAGUUCAUAUGGAAAUGUUGGAACGUAUUCCUAUGCAACAACAUCUCCAACAUCCACGCAACAGUACAACUACAAUAGCAUGAUGACCAGUGUACAAAACCCAGUGCAAAAUUUACCCGUUUCAUCACAGUCUCAAUCGUAUUUGAAUUACUCGCAAAGCGAUACGCGUCAAGCAAAUUCUUACAUGAAUCCCAGCUACGCAACGGCUCAAACACCAACAACAGCCACUUAUUAUUCACAGACACCACAAACGAGUGUCUAUCAAUCGGCAAAUGCUAGCUCAAUUACAAAUCCAACAUUGCAAUCGUAUGCUGGCGUUUCUUAUGCGGAUUACACAAGCCAAGUGAAUGCAUAUGAAAUGCCAUCGAAUAGUCAGUAUUCACAGCAAAGCCAGCAAGUGCCACAAGCUUACUCUCAUUCCAACUCAACUGCAAGUUAUAUGCAAACAACAGCGCACCCACAACCACAGCAACAGUCGCAUGUGCCACAAGUAUCAUCUUCGACGGCAUUUACUAACUACACGCCCGGCUACUCGACACAAUCGUUGCCACAAGCUUCAGGUGCAUCAACUACAGGACAACUGUCUCAAAUCGGAGUGACAGCCGGAUUGCCUCAGAUUGGAGCGACCACUGGGCAACUGCCUCAAACUGGAGUUUCUUCGGGGCAAUUUCCACAAACUUUGCCACCGACAACGGCGACAAUAACGAACAAUCCACAGUCAACAUACCCUACCAGUGACGCAUAUAACUAUUAUAAUACCCAGUAUCCAGUACACAACACUCCAACAUCGAAUAAAUACUACGGCAACGAGACGAACAUUCAAAGCAAUCCGUAUUCGAUGCCGAUGAGUUCCAGCUACUUACCACCUGGCUAUGGCGUUCCAGCGAACUACAGUGCACCGAAUCAGACAAACGUCUAUAAUUAUGGAACGAUUGAUCCAGCUGCAAGCGGUUCACUCGCAUCAGCUGGUAGCAACUAUACAACGAUUUCACAGCAUGCUCCGAAUAUAGCACCAGCUUCGGCUAAUGCUAUGACGCCAGCUACAAAUCCGGUGGUGCAAUCGUCAAUUUCGGCUCAGGUUUCAUAUCCGCCGCAUGCUUCAAUUCCGGCUUCAUCGAUCCCAGCUUCCGUGGCUCCCUAUCAAAAUGUUGCCCCAAGCUCAAGUGUCACAACGAUUCCGGCAAAUUCGCCUCAAGUGAAACCUGAACCGGCUAAGCCGAAAUCAAAUAAAUUCGAUUUGCUCAGCGAUUUGGACAAUAUCUCCAUUGCGGCACCUACAUUGCAACCGAUGAAAUCAACUGACAAGCUACUGCAACCAGAACCAAAACCAGAAAUAGUAACACCGAACAAACCAGAUGAGAGUCAAACAAAAAAAGAAGAAAUGAUUCCCGAAUUGCCGCGGCCAACGAGUGAUGAGAGGCCACCGGUUCAUAAGAAUGAUUCGAUUGAAAAAGCCUUAACUGAGCUAUCUCUGGCCGAAGAGGAAUUGACCAUUAAGGCAAAAGUUGAAACAGAAACAAAGCCGGCAAUUAGCUCACAUUUGGCCGAAUUGAUUGCAUCAAGCACCGUUGUUAGUACGGCAUCAGUUCCGCCAAGUUCUGCGAAUAUUGAGAAUUUCUACAAAGAAGUUCAACGAUACGAAAAAAUUGUGAAUGGCUUAACAACCAAAACUUUAAAUGGCACCACACCGCUUGAGAUUAAAUGGAAGGAAUUGCAUGAUUUGCUGGACAAAGACGCUGCCAAGCGAUCAGUUAGCGUGUCGAAGUUAUUCCCGGAGAAAAAUCGUAAUAUGCUUUCCGUCCCAUACGAUCAUUCACGUGUUCUUCUACCAACGGAAACUGACAACUACAUCAAUGCCGCUCAUAUUCGGGAUUUAGGAUCGCAUUGUAACCAUUUCAUAUUAGCCGAUGCGCCGACAUACAAUACGGUCAAGGAUUUCUGGUGUAUGAUCUGGUCGCAGAAUGCAUCGUACGUGGUUUGCCUUAUCAUUCCAGAUGAAGGGCCAAUUCUACUGUUUCCAAAGCAAUUGAAUACGCCGCAUAACUUUGGCGAUUACACGGUGACCAUUUUAAGUGAACAUAAUCGAUUGCAUAUCAUCGAACGAAGCAUUCGUGUGACUUCAUCCGAAUCCAAUUCGACCAGAAUCAUUACGAUUUUACAGCCGAAACAAUGGCCAACGAAAAAUUCCAUCACCAACAUAAUUGGAGUAUCUCAAAAUAUAAUUGAUACGGCAACAGCGGCCAAACUGCAUAAUAUCCCAGUCAUUUUGAAUUGUCCGACGAAUUUGGAGCGAUCAAGUUUGGUGGCGUUGACGAUAACAUGCAUUUUAGCACUUGAAUGCGAAAUGCCAAUUAUAAUCAAUGUAACCGACGUAUGGUAUCGAAUUUGCUCACAACGCAAAAAUAUCCUAAAUGACACGAGUAUUUUUCAACAAUCGAUGCAAAUUGUACUUCAAUGUUGUCGAGAGUUUAUCAAGAAACGAUCGCCCAAGACACUAUCGAACAACACUCAGACCAAUUACUAUUUCAUCGAAGAAGAAGAGCCGACCGUCAAGGAUCCAUUCAAAGACCUCGAUCCAUUGUGGAAAUUGAAAUGAAAAAAAACAGACCGUUGAUGAAAAAAAUUGGCGACUCUUUUGAAUUUACGACGAUGAUCAAGGAUGAGGUUUCUGCCACUUUAUACAUCAUUUCAAAGGAAGGCCACAAAUGUCAACAAAAUUCAUUGUGAACAAACAAAAAUAUUUUUAUUUCAGUUUUUUUUGGAAAAGACAGGUGUUGAAUCUAUUUCUAUCUAUCAAAUUUAUUACAUUUACGGCUUAUUUGAUCUAUAAAAUUAUUAUUAUUGUAAUCUAUUAUUCAUUUGUGUUAUCAGAUCUAUAUAAAAAAAAAUAAAGAGAAAAGAAAAUAUUUGUUACGCUUUUA